GAAAAAGGAAACAAAAAAAGGGGAAAGAAAAUCAGAGAUGGAAGAAAUAGAACGGCGCAGAGAAUGAUUGAGGAAGACGACGAAGAUCGUUAUCUGCAAAAUUUCUCCAUUCCCUUUCUCUGUCGCAAACUCUAAAGCAAGCCAUCACCACUCCAUUUCUACCCCUUUUCUCCCUCCGCCACGUGCCCCCAACCCAUAUUCCCUCUUUUCCCCAAUUUCCAUAUACACAUAUAUAUAUAUCUCUCUACUGGGUUCUUCAUCAAUCCUCGAAUCUAGCACCCCCAUAACAAUCUCAUCUCAUCCUCCUUCUGAACCAGCAAAAAGGGUUUUUCCCAGAAGCCAUGGAUCACGCGGCGGAUGCCCAGAGGACGGAUUUGAUGACCAUUACUCGUUUUGUGUUGAAUGAGCAAUCCAAGUACCCGGAAUCGCGUGGCGAUUUCACGAUUCUCCUCAGUCAUAUUGUUCUUGGCUGCAAGUUCGUCUGCUCCGCUGUUAAUAAGGCUGGUUUAGCCAAACUUAUAGGACUUGCUGGUGAGACCAAUGUUCAGGGUGAAGAGCAAAAGAAACUGGAUGUGCUCUCAAAUGAAGUUUUUAUCAAGGCUUUGGUCAGCAGUGGCAGAACUUGUAUCCUUGUUUCGGAAGAAGACGAAGAACCAACAUAUGUUGAGCCACCUCGGCGUGGAAAGUAUUCUGUUGUGUUUGAUCCGCUGGAUGGAUCCUCCAAUAUUGACUGCGGCGUUUCGAUUGGAACGAUUUUUGGAAUUUAUCACUUGAACGACAGCCAUGAACCUAACCUAGAAGAUGUUCUGCAACCCGGAAAGAAUAUGGUUGCAGCAGGCUAUUGCUUGUAUGGCAGCUCUUGCACAGUAUGGAAAAUCUUGCUCUAUGUAUUCAUUUUUACACUUGUUUUAAGUACUGGAACUGGUGUUAAUGGAUUCACCCUUGACCCUUCUCUUGGGGAGUUUAUUUUAACUCACCCAGACAUUAAGAUUCCAAAGGAAGGAAAGAUCUAUUCUGUGAAUGAAGGAAAUGCAAAGAACUGGGACGGUCCAACAGCGAAGUAUGUAGAGAACUGCAAGUUCCCUACGGACGGAUCGUCUCCAAAGUCUCUGAGAUACGUUGGAAGUAUGGUAGCUGAUGUCCAUCGCACAUUGCUUUAUGGUGGUAUCUUUCUGUACCCUGGUGACAAGAAGAGCCCGAGCGGGAAAUUGCGUGUCUUGUACGAAGUUUUUCCAAUGGCGUUCUUGAUAGAGGAGGCAGGAGGUCAAGCAUUCACCGGAAAAAUACGGGCACUUGACUUGGUUCCAAAGAAGAUACAUGAGAGAUCUCCCAUAUUUCUUGGUAGCUACGAUGAUGUUGAAGAGAUCAAAGCUUUGUAUGCUGCUGCUGCUGAGAAGGAAUGAAUAUUAUUAACUUCAUAAAUUUCAACAAAUUUACUUGUCAUUGUGGCAGCCUUCAUUCCAUUUUCCCCUUCCUUCUUAUAUAGUGUUGUUUCUUGUGAUUUCAUUUGUGGCCAUAGAAUUCCAAUGUCUUAUUGAUUGUUCUUAGCCCUCAAAUGUUAAUGAAUGCAUAAAAUGUAGCCACAUGACUCGUCUUGUACGGUUUCGAUGAACUCUGAAAUUGUCAGAAAAUUCGUCGUAGAAUUACAUGGAAUUUUAUAAAA